GUAAAUAUAUAGUAUAUUAUAAAGUGUUAACAAACAUGUUUUAAAGUUUCGUACUAAACGAAAACGUAAAGAAAUUAAUAAACUAUGAUGAGAACUUUUGAUGCUUUGCUGGGUUGCCUGCUGCUUAUGCUGCUCACUCAGCGACAAUGGGCGGUGGGUCAACAGGCCAUGUUUAAUAUGUGUGGUGCGGCUGAGGUGUGUGUGAGCGAGCAGCACUGCAAUGAGACGGAUGAUUCAGGGCUAGGCGCAAUUGGACCGCGUCUGGGGCAAGCCUGCGGCAAUGGACUUGUCUGCUGCGAUCGUGAGCAACUGGAGAGCUGGAACGCCAGCGUGGACAGUCGCGUUAGCCGGCAAAGCAAGAAGGCAAACAAGCCAACGCCAGUGAGCAUCAACACCAUGAGCAACAAACUGGAGCCCAGUGGCUAUGACAGCUGUGGCGUAAACAUGGAGUGUGUGCCGCGCAAGCUUUGCAAAGACGAUGUCAUCAUUGACGAUGGACGCUUUAUACUGAAUCCACGCAUAGGCGCGCCCUGCGAGCGUGUGCUCUUCCGCUGCUGUGCUGUGGAUCAGCAGGUGGACCACAGCGACAGUCCGUAUGUGCAAAAGCUGAAAGACUUUAAAUAUCAAGGCUGCGGCUAUAGCAAUGCAAAAGGUCUUAUACCCGAUCAGGAUAACUACGAGUAUCCCAAGGAUGUUGCGCUGUUUGCCGAAUUCCCCUGGAUGAUGGUGCUGAUGACGGGACGCAAUCGUUAUCUCUGCGGCGGCACCUUAAUACAUCCGCAGCUAGUGCUGACCAGCGCGCAUAAUAUAGCGAAUCAAACGGUGGACACGCUGCUGGCACGUGCGGGCGAAUGGGAUCUGAAUAGCAUUGAUGAGCCGCAUGAGCAUCAGACGCGUCGCAUUAAGCAGAUCAUUAGGCAUGCAGAGUUUGAGCCGGAACGUUAUUACAAUGACAUUGCCUUGCUGGUGCUGGAUGAGCCGCUGACCAUGCAGCCGCACAUACAACCGCUGUGCCUGCCACCAACGGAGUCGCCAGAGGUGCAGGCUCAAUUACGCGAUGGUCAGUGCUUUGCCACCGGCUGGGGUGGCAAGCUGCCCGACAGCGAUAAGCACGAGCAUCUGCUGAAGCGCAUUGAGCUGCCCGUGGUUAGCAAGCAGGAGUGCCAGGCGCAGUUGCGCGUAACGCGCUUGGGCAAACGUUUUCGUCUGCGUCCCAGCUUCAUUUGCGCCGGCGGCAUUGAGGGCAAGGACACUUGCAAAGGCGAUGGCGGUUCGCCGCUGUUUUGCACGCUGCCUGGUCAAUCGAAACGCUUUCAGCUGGCGGGCAUUGUCUCGUGGGGCAUUGAGUGCGCCGAGGAGGAUGUGCCAGCGGUCUAUGCCAAUGUUCCUUACCUACGCAGCUGGAUUGAUGAGCAGAUCAAGCCACUGAAACUAACACUGGAUACACCAUAAAUAAAUAAACAAUUCUCUGCUAUUCA